AUGACAGUUGAGAAAGCCAAAUUUGAAUAUUUACAAGAUUUACCAUUUGCCAAUGGUAGGGUUGAAGCCAUGGGUAGAAUUACUGAGCCACUCAAGUUUAGGUUGGAGAAAGAUGACCUGAAAGUUGUUACUUUAUUUCCGGUGCAUCAGGCCAGUAAUGUUCCAAAGAACUUAUUAAUUGUAUUGCAAAAAGAAUUCAACUAUGUAAUUGAAGAGGGAAUCACGUAUCCCCAUCACCAAAUUAUGGAUUUUGAGGAUUUCGUUCAAUACUGGUUUAGUGCAUUUGUAGCUGUUUUGCUUGAAGGAGAAUGGGACACGUUGGGUGAGAAAGAUUUGCCAGAAUCAUAUUGGAAGUCAGUUUUCUUGGGUAAUUUCUACGUGAAACCAAAUUAUAUUGGCAGAUGCUCUCAUGUAUGUAAUGCUGGGUUCAUUGUCAACCACAACAAGAGAGGAUUGGGAAUUGGCAAGGAAUUGGGCUCUAAGUAUUUAGAUUGGGCCCCAAGAUUGGGGUAUAUUUACUCUGUGUUUAAUCUUGUUUUCGAAACCAACGUAGCGAGCUUAAAAAUAUGGGAUUCAUUAGGCUUUGAAAGAAUUGGAUACGUUAAAAAUGUUGCUAUUCUUAAGGGAUAUAAUUAUUUUGUUGGUGCUCAUAUGUAUGGCAAGGACUUAGUGUGA